AUGUGCUGCGGCGCGGACGACGACGAGGAUGAGCAAGCAGCGGGAAAUCCCGGGCCGGAUAUCAAGCGUCGGUGCACUGAUGUCUGCUGUAUUCCAGUCCUGGUGGUCUUCACCAUCUGGCCCAUCGCCGUGGUGUUGGGGCUAAAGGAUGUGGACGGUGCCUAUGCGCUGACCCAUGGACACGACCACUACGGCCAGUUCUGUGGGCGCGAGCCCUUGGAGGCGAAGCCUUUUGCAGCCUUCCCGGAUCUCGAGAACGACUUCAAGAAGGACCCGCUGCUGCAAAACCGCUAUGGUGUUUGCGUGGAUGCCUGCCCUCAACAGUUUCAGAGCAUCACGGACUAUGAUGGCCAGCUGAAAGAGGGUGGGCAGCCCCUGAGAAAGACCGCCUCCAUGGACUGGUACAUCUCCUUGCCCACGAUUCCCAUCGCCGGCCGUUGCAUACCCUAUGACCCGCCAGCGGAGUUCACGGGGGCCGUGGAGUUCUGUGCGGACCCGCCGUGCCUGGAGAAGCCCGGGGUGCCCCGGAGCAGUCGGGAGGUCUGCGGCUUGCGUCGGGAUAACACCAGCCACUUCUGGCUGCUGUCGGAGGUGAAUGCCAUCCUCGAAGACGGCUGGAAGAGGGAGGGCGUCGAUGACCAGGUGUUGGCCGAGCGCAUCCGCCUCGCCGCGAAUGACAAGAUACAGCACUGCAAGGUCAAAGUCUACCGCGACACUCGCGUCCGAACUGCGCCAGUUGAUGCCAGCCUCACUUAUAGUCUUCUGACGAAGUACACGGGCCAGAUCUUUACCUGGUGCACCAUGAUCUACGAGCACCGAUGGUUGGUUCUGGGCCUCGGCAUCGGAGGAUCCCUGAUUCUCUCGAUGGUCAUCAUUAUGGGAUUCGCCUGCUGUGUGGGACUGGUUCUGAACGUCCUCAUCGCCCUCCUCUUCCUCGUGUUGAUUUGCGCCGAUUACGUCCUCUUCUUCCAGGCCGGCAUUGUGACCGGGCGAACGGGAAGGAUGGUCGUCGACUUGGUACAGCAAGCCACGGAGUGGGAUAUGCCGGCUGAGCUGGAGACCUUGAUCGAAGACUCGACGGAAGAUGAGCAGAUGCGCGCGAUAUACAAAUGGUCUGCCAUCGGGCUCCUGGUCGGAAUUCUGGUGCUCGCUUGCGCGGCGGUGGCGACGCGGAAAAACUUCCGAAUCCUGGUGGAGUUGCUGAAAGAGGCGUCCAACACGAUGCGCGAGAUGCCCUCGUUGCUCCUGGCCCCUUUUGUGCUGGCCCUGAGCAUGAUCUUCAUGUCGGUGGUGAUGCUGUGGGUCGCGCUGGCCGUGGCCACCGCCAGCGCCACCGACAUCCCACGGACCUUGGAGGCGUGGCAUUUCUACAUCCACCCGGCUCUCGAGGCGGUCGGCCUGGCACAGGCUGAUGAGAUGUCGCAGUUGCGCCAGACGGCUCUGAUUUUCAACCUCUUCGUGUUCCUCUUCAUCUACCACUUCCACGCGUCCCUGUGCAUCGCCAUUACGGCCAUGUGUGUCUCUCACUGGUACUUCUACCGCAACGACCCAGACCGGAACGCGGGCACAGGAGUCAACUCGGAUGGCUGGUUCUUCGGUCGACCCGUCCUCUUGGCCUUUCUUCGCCUCUGCCGUCACCACCUCGGCUCGCUGGUCUUCGGCUCCUGUAUCAUGGCCGUCGCCACCAUGCUACGACUCAUCUUCGAGUACAUCGCCGCGAAGACGAAAGACCAGGAGUCCAACCCCGUGGUGCGAGCGGUGGUGUGCGCAUGCCGCUGCGGCCUCUGGUGCCUGGAGCGCUGCCUGCAGUUCAUCACGGAGUACGCCUACGUCUAUGUGGCUGUGACCGGCAAGACAUUCUGCGCUUCUGCUCACGCGUCGUUCGUCUUCUUUGCCAAGUACCCGGUGCAAACUGCCAUGGACAAGAUGGCAUCUGCGGCCUUGGGCUACCUACUUUGUGUUACAGUGCCUCUCGGCCUGGCUGUGGUCGCCUUCCCCUGGCUGUCCCAGGCAUGGCCUCCGUGUGCCUUCGUCAUCAUCGCCCUGUCGUAUGUCACAACCCGACUGGCAGCUGGCAUCUACGACGUCUGCAUCACCACUCUUUUCGUCUGCGUGAUGCGUGACUGCGAGCAUUAUGGAGGCCGUUGCUGGGACCCGAAGCACACGUACUCAGCAUGCAAGGCGCCCGCGGAGCUCUGA